AUGAAGGCGCUGCAGACACAUGACCCACACGGCCAUGAGUCAUCACACACGCGCGUGGCUAUAAAGAGAGGGGAGGCUGAGAGCGGAAAACGUCAGACGUGUCCGACAGGCUGCGCCUGUGCGUCCCACGCCCGAGAAGGAAGUCAAAGGCUGGCUGAGGGAGGCCACAGUGUUGGUGCCCAGAGCUAUGCAUAUAGCGGACAAAAUAGAAUACAACAACAGCAGGCAGAAGUAAAUGAAGUUGUUGGGAUUAUGAAGGACAAUGUUGCGCGAGUGUUGGAACGAGACCAAAGGCUCUCUGACCUUGAUCAUCGGGCAGAUGAACUUCAGGUGCAUUCCCGUGAGUUUGAGUCUAUUUCCCGGAGCAUUCAGAGAAAGUAUUUCUGGAGAAACAUGAAGAUGUGGGCAAUCAUAGUAGGAGUUGUAAUUGUCCUCAUCAUCGUUAUAAUCAUCGCCUAUGCCCCACCACCCAACCAGCUGUUUGUCUCACCCAAGUUGCAGCACGUCCUAGAACUAUGGGAGAUGGAUCCAUGA